CAUAAACCCAAAGGGAUAAAGAAAAAUGCAGGAGUUUUGAGCAUGGCGGAAUUGCUGGAAGCAGCCAUCUCCGUUUCCAUGGCUUCCAAUCUGCAAACUAGUGAAAAAUCUCAUUUUAAUUUUAGUUGUCAUUAUCUCAAUCCUUCCACAACUCACCAUCUGCCCUUUUUCAUUUCACUGCCAAAUUCAAGAACCGGAAAGGCGAAAUCUUGGAAACUCAUCAAACCCCUCUCUUCAGCAACACCUUGUAAUCAACCAGCUGUUGAUGAUGACACCCUCUUGGGUUUACCAUCAAAGAAUGAAGUUUUGAGUGGAAAUAGUAGUAGUAAUUGCUAUAACAAGAUGUCAAGAAAGGGGAGGGUGUUUUUCUUGGAUGUGAAUCCAUUGUGCUAUAAAGGAAGCAGUCCGAGUUUGCAUGCUUUUGCUCAUUGGAUUUCCCUUUUCUUUUCCCAAGUCAGCCUCAAUGACCCCGUCAUAGCUGUUCUAGAUGGGGAAGGAGGCAAUGAGUACCGCAGGCAACUACUACCAUCAUAUAAAGCGAAUAGACGGAAAAUAUUGCAGUUCCCUACUGUUGAAAGGUUCCCAAAGAGUUCUUUUGGAAGAUCAAAAAAACUUGUUGAAGUUCUUCAGAAAUGCAAUGUGCCAGUCGUGAAGAUCGAAGGGCAUGAAGCGGAUGAUGUUGUUGCCACACUUGUAGAGCAAGUUCUACUGAAGGGAUAUCGAGCUGUAAUUGCUUCCCCUGACAAAGAUUUCAAGCAACUGAUAUCAGAAGAUGUUCAGAUUGUUAUACCUAUGCCGGAAUUGGAUAGAUGGUCCUUUUACACUAUAAAGCACUAUGUAGCUCAGUACAAUUGCGACCCACAGUCUGAUCUGAGCUUAAGAUGCAUGUUGGGUGAUGAGAUUGAUGGUGUCCCUGGCAUCCAGCAUCUUGUUCCUGGUUUUGGUCGAAAGACUGCUUUAAAGCUCUUGAAAAAGCAUGGGUCUCUCGAAAAUUUACUUAGUGCUGCCAGUGUGAGAUCAGUGGGCAGACAAUAUGCACAAGAAGCCCUAACAAAAUAUGCUGAUUUUCUGCGGAGGAAUUAUGAAGUUCUUUCUUUAAAGAGGGAUGUAGCUGUCCACAUUGAGGAGCAUUGGCUGUCGAGGAGAGAUCAAAGUAAUGAUUCAGUAAUCUUAUCCAGCUUUUUGGACUUUCUUAGUAAAACCCAGGAUGGCAGGUGGCAAAAUAGAUCCCAUUCAAAUGGCUUGAAAGCAGUGACAUAGUGGAGCUUCUAUUUGGUCAUUGCAAGAUUAGUUCCAUGUACGGCAAAGCAACAGUCCCUGCUCCAGAAAAUGGUGAAAAUAAAGAAUCAUGGCAGGGUGAUCAAACCAGUACAGGUGACAACCAACGACUGCAUUGUAUGGCGCUCCAAUAGAUGUUGGAAUACCUUUAUCAGGUCCCCUCGAAGUCUUCCUUGCUGCAGAGCAUGUCAUGAUCGUAUGUAUAUAUGAGAAGUUGUUGAUUGAGGCUUUGGCUAACGAAAGUGUAUGCAAUUUAACUGCAUAAGUGGUGCAGCUAAGUCGUACAAUUGUAGACAUUAACACAGAGCUGUUUCCAGAAUUCAGACAGUUUGUAUACUGAAACAUAUACUUGAAACUUAUCUUGUACUGCAACUCGGUGUCAGUUUUAAAAAACAGUUGAAAAUCUUUAAUGUUGCAAGAAGAUUUCUAACCAAUGGAUCAUCCAUCCACCAAAUAUCCA